AAAUACAUUAUAUUUGGCGACGAGUUUAUUUUAAUGCUGAACCCAAACGAAGAAGAAGUGAACACAGAAGAAGUGAACACAGAAGAAAUCUCGAUGGCCACAACUUUGGAUUUAAAACCACCACCUCCGUUUGAUGCAGAGGGUGAUAAUUCCUCGCUAGCCCAACGCUGGAAAGAAUGGUGA